AGUUUUUUGUGAGUAGCUCUCGACCAAAGGACACUAAAAUGGGUCGCGUAUUUGUUGUUGGUGUCGGAAUGACAAAAUUCGACAAACCCGGCAAAAGAGCCGACGAUUACCCAGAAUGGGGAAAGGAAGCCAUCCUAGCAGCCCUUGAAGACGCCAACGUCAAAAUGUCCGAGGUGCAAUUAGCUGCUGCAGGUUUCGUGUACGGAGACUCCACUUGUGGACAAAGGGUAAUUUACGAGGUUGGCAUGCAUGGUAUCCCGAUUUUCAAUGUUAACAACAACUGUUCCACCGGCUCUAGUGCUCUCAUGCUAGCCAAAGAACUGGUAGAAUCGGGAAAAUGCGAUUGCGCCCUAGCAGUAGGCUUCGAGAAAAUGGAAAGAGGAAGCUUAUCUUCCAAGUUCCAGGACAGAACCAACCCCAUGGAAAAACACGUUGAAGCAAUGGCGGAAUUGACCGAUAUCCAAUCCGCCCCUAUGACAGCCCAAAUGUUUGGCAACGCCGCUAUCGAACACAUGCAAAAAUACGGCACUAAACCCAUACAUUUCGCCAAGAUAGCUUACAAAAACCACAAGCAUUCCAUCAACAACCCCAAGAGCCAGUUCAGGGAUGAAUACACCCUAGAGCAAAUCAUCAAUUCCCCUAAUAUUUUCGGUCCUAUGACGAAAUUACAGUGUUGCCCGACUAGUGACGGCGCAGCUGCCGCCAUCAUAGCUUCCGAAAGCUUCGUUAAAAAACACGGCCUUGAAGCUAAAGCCGUUGAGAUCCUAGGCAUAGAAAUGGCCACAGAUUUAGCUUCAACUUUCACGGACAAGAGCCACAUCAAGAUAAUCGGCUAUGAUAUGACCAAACUAGCAGCUGAUAGACUCUUCCGCAAAACCAAUAAGAAACCAAGUGAUGUGCAAGUCAUAGAACUGCAUGAUUGCUUCUCAGCAAACGAGCUGAUAACUUAUGAAGCCCUAGGGCUCUGCCCCCCAGGCAAAGCCGGUGAGUUUAUUGACCGCGGGGAUAAUACCUACGGUGGUAAAUUCGUGGUAAAUCCUAGCGGAGGGUUGAUUUCUAAGGGACACCCUUUGGGGGCCACUGGGCUAGCACAAUGCGCGGAGUUGAGUUGGCAGCUCAGGGGUGAAGCAGGGGCUAGACAGGUCCCUGGGGCUAAGUUAGCCCUGCAACAUAACAUAGGGCUUGGGGGAGCUGUGGUUGUUGCUUUGUACCAGUUGGGUUUUCCAGAGAAAAGGCAUAAUGGAGCCCAAAGUUUGGCCCCCACAGGGGAUGAAGGUUUUAUAGUGACCCCCUAUUUGAAAAUCUUGCAGCAAGCUAUGGAUGAGGAUGAAGAUGGUUUGGUGGAGAACCAUAGGUGUGUCUAUGGGUUGAGGGUGGUGAGACCUGAUGGGAAGACAGGUUUCUGGGUUAUCAAUACCAAGAUCGGCAAAGGAAAAAUAAUUUUUAACGGGACUGAUAAGCCGGAUGUUACUUUUAUUGUUAAAGAUGGGGAUGUUAUGGAUUUGCUUACUGGGAAGAUUCCUCCGCAGAAAGCUUUCUUCCAGGGGAAGGUUAAGAUACAAGGGAAUAUAGGGGUGGCCAUGAAAUUGAUUGAGUUGCAGAAAACUGCUGCAAAGAAAAUUGAGAUUUUGCGAUCCAAACUGUAAAAUAUCACUAAAUUUUCACAUUACAAACGCCAUACCUGUCAAUUUUGUUUGAAAAACUCAUUGUGUUUUCUUUGUCCUUUGACAAGAAUGAUGUUUGUGACGUCACGUGUUUUUUUUACACCAAACAUAAUUAUUUCAAGGAAUUUCAAGCUCACUAUCAUUAAUAAAAAAAAUAAUUGUUGGACCUUUGGGACUUUUGGUACUAGAUACAUACUAUAAAUAAACAUUGAAAUAAUCAGAAUAUUUCUGAAAUGUACUGAAGUUUACAUAUUAUUACUUAUAUAACAUUUAUACUUUUGGUGUUCUAAGAAUUGAAAGUUCCAUUUUUUUUAUCUUGAUGUGGUAUGACAUUGUAUCUUUUUUUUUUUUCAUUUAGUGAGGAUCUAUUGAAGUAAUGAAUAAAUCCAGUCAAAGUCUUGGGAGGAUUUGAAAAAACAAAAACACAGUUACAUAUCUAAUUUUUUAAUUGGUUCCAUAUCUGAGUCUCCGCGUUCAUUCAAAAAUAUUCCCAUGAAUUUUUAAUGGAUUUAUUCCUUACUUCUGGACCAUAAUGUCUAAAAACAUUGAUAUGGUAUUGGUGAUUCUUCAAAGGCUACAACAUUAUACGUAUACAAUAGGCAUAAAGAAAUAUUUUUUACUGGAAUUUGUUGAAUUUUAUAUUGUUAUAGGAAGGUGAAGUUUUAAUAAAAAAAUAUAUUAUAAUGAAUAUUG